UGAAGUGGUCAUGGGAAAUGCAGGGUUACAGGGAUAGGACAGUGGACUGGGACUGGGUGGGAUGCUCUUUGGAGGAUGGAUAUAGACUCGAUGAACCGAGUGGCCUGCUUCCAACAGUAGGGAUUCUUUGAUUUUAUGAAAAAGGUUGUGGAAACAGAGUGACUGGAUAAUUUUCAAAGCAGAGGAGGUAAAAAUGCAGAGUACAGGUUAUUAAAUAUAUCACUCUCGCUCACUACUAACUGGUAUGUUGGUGUGCGAGUCGUUUCAGAAUGAAAUGACUGACAGUGCGGUAGCAGCAACUUCAAUCAAGAAGCAAUCGGUUUACUCUGAACAGGAAGGUGGGUCGGAGGAACGGCACUCGGGUGGAGUGAAGGGGAGCAUUUCUCCUCGACAGAGUGGGCCGAACGGCCUCCCUCGCUGCUGUAUCUGGGGUUUGACGUGCUGCCUUCGACUUACAUCCGUGAAUGAAAAACAAACCGCGCUUGCGUUCUGAUAGCUCCGGGAUUUUACUAAACGGUGUUUCUCUCUCUCUCUCUCUCUCCCUCAGCAAACAUGCCUGGGCACUCUGAGUCAGAGGGGCCGAUCGGGUUAGAGAUCAGAGAGCAAUAGCAGCGCCCCGAGCCGCCGCUGGCCUUGCUGACGUUCAACUCUGCGCACAAUCGGCGUGAGGCCGUACGUGAUGAGGGAGCGCAGCGACUGCCCGCAGCUUAUUGACAGCAGAGCCUAAACCUUCAGGGCUUCAACAGCCCGAGCAUGACCCUUCAAAGGUGAUACUCUGGAAACGCAAGUGUUCAGGGCGUACAUUCCUCUGCUCUUGCAGAGGGAGACGCGAAGCAGGAAGCUGGAGUGAAGCCGCAGUUUCCCAGGGCUCUCUCCCCUCUGGAAUCUGAAGAUCGUCAGGCCCCAAGAGCUGAGUUCCUGCACUUGCGAGAGGGUCUUGUGAUAGUCAGCGCGCACUGUUGACAGCCCUGAAGUGCAUUUUCUUAAGAGUUGUGGUAGACCAUGGGACUAAUAGCCUAAAAUAACAUGUAAGAAAGAAGAUGUCAGAACAAAAAAGCAGAAACAAAGGCAAACCCCUACAUAAUACCAACCUAUACAUUGAUCUUCUAUCAACACAAUGGCCUAUAGUAUAUUCUUCUGACUAUAAUAUCUCAUUUCUGGGCCUGGAAAAGCUUCAUCCUUUUGAUUCGGGAAAGUGGGGGAAAAUUGUCCACUUUUUAAAAGAAGAGAAAUUAAUAAGUGACGAGACCAUCGUGAAAGCCCAAGAAGCACAGGAAGAUGACUUAUUGGUAGUGCACACAAGGCGCUACCUCAAUAAACUCAAGUGGUCAUUUAUAGUUGCUACUAUUACAGAGAUACUGCCUGUGGCAUUCCUCCCUAACUUCAUCAUCCAGAGAAAAGUACUAAGACCUUUCAGGACACAGACUGGGGGAACAAUUAUGGCUGGAAAACUUGCUAUUGACAGAGGAUGGGCAAUCAAUGUUGGUGGUGGCUUUCAUCAUUGCUCAAGUGAACAAGGAGGGGGCUUUUGUGCUUAUGCUGACAUAACUUUGGCAAUUAAGUUUCUGUUUGACAGAGUGGAAGGAGUGUCUAAGGCCAUGAUCAUCGAUUUGGAUGCACAUCAGGGGAAUGGACAUGAGAGAGAUUUUAUGGAUGACAACAGAGUCUAUAUUAUGGAUGUUUUUAAUAGAUACAUCUACCCAGGCGAUGGAUUUGCAAAGCGAGCUAUCAAGUGGAAAAUUGAACUGGACUGGGACACGGAGGAUUCAGAGUAUCUGCAGAAAGUGGAAACACAGAUGUCAAAAGCAUUACAGGAAGUCACUCCAGACAUCAUUGUGUACAAUGCAGGCACAGACAUCUUAGAUGGUGAUCAACUAGGAGGAUUGGCUAUUUCACCACAGGGAAUCAUUAAAAGAGAUCAAGCAGUUUUUCAGGCAGCCCGCACGCGUAAGAUACCUAUCCUGAUGGUGACAUCUGGAGGCUACCAAAGGUCUACGGCCCGGAUCAUAGCUGAUUCUAUUCUUAACUUGCACCAUUUGCAACUAAUAGACCAAAAGGUGCUUUAGGUGGAAUGAAUGACUUUUAACACAGCUUUUCUAAUACAGAAAUCUGUAUUAGUUGCAACAUCACUGCUAUCAAUGCAAAGAACUUCCGUUAGUUUGGAGAAAAAUCUAAUUUAAAUUCUAAAGUAACAAUGUUCCAUAAUCAACAAAGUUAUAAAUAUAGAUUAGAUAAAGAAAUGAGCAGGUUUACAACACUAUUAAAGGAACAUUCCUCUCUGGUGCAAUAAAUAAUGGAUUUUUAAAAUUAAUAUAUAUUUACUUGGCUGUGAGAAGAAUCUAAAGAAAUAUAAAUUUGAAAUAAAACAUUUAGCUCAACACACUCCAAUUCUUGAGUGAUUUACAUGAUAGUAUUCAUACAAUGAAGAAACAGAGUGCUGUGAAGUAUCAAUCACUAUUCUCAGCAUAUUCCAAAUAGAAGAUACAAUGAAAUAGGUUAGAAAAAAUGUAAUUCAGAUUUGUUUUGUAUUAAAUGUUGCAGCAAUUGUAAGAGAAAAUGAGUAACUGCAAAAUAUCUUGUAAAAUUGGAUCAAGUUAAUAUAAAACCUCAUGUUAUUGCCCAGCAAACCAAUUGUAAAGGAAUGUGCCUUUAAAUACAAGGUGUCUAGUCUUCAGUAUUCAAUCUCUAGCUGAAAUGCUCUUGUGUUCUUGUAUGAUGGCAUUAUCCAUAAUGAGUGCUGUUCUAUUAUGGUCUGCGGAAAGUAUUUUGUACUGUAGAUUAAUGUAAAGCUUAAUUAACUAAAUGCACCAUUCACAUUCUUAAUAGUCAUGUUCUAGUAAUAUUAAAAUUACCUUAUUUUCUCACCUUUCUUUUUUUAUCUGAUGCCAAUGGCACAAUUUAUGAGUAGGUGACGAAAUACAUUUCAGUGUGCACUUAGGUCACACUGAUUUUUAUUUUGAGAAAAUUAGGUUUUCCUCUGUAUUACUGAUCCUGUUCAAUUUUUGUUUCUCAGUGUUUGCACAUCUGGAAUGCUCAGUGUGUAGACCCCACCCCCCCACGCCCAUUUCUCUGAGCUCAAGUUCCCCGUUUUAGACAGGAAUGAAAUCAGAUUUCCUUCGUUUUAUCAUUAUUGUCUGGGAGUGAGGGACUUUGGAAGUCCGUUAAAAGUAUGCCAGUUUUUGACUCUUCGUGAAAAAAAUAGUAAACCUUAAGAGUUUUGAGAACAGUCUGAAAGAGGAGUGUGAAAUGUUUGAAAACAAUCAAACAUCACCAUAGGUGUUGUAUUGAAAUGUAAGUAUGUUUUCAAUGCAGUCAUUCAGCACAUGAAACUGAUCUGCAAAAGAAAGUUGACUCUUGUAUGACCAGCAUUGUGCAGUUGUUCACAUGCAUUACAGUACUUUUACAAUUGAUAGAGUACCAGAAUGUAUUGAAAAUAAUGUAAACCAAAACAUUUUUGUGUUCUAAUUUAUUUGGACUGGUAGAUCUGGCUUUAAACAAAAAUUCCUUUUAAAGCUUAAAAAAAAGUUUAACCUGCACUCCCCGCCCCCCCCCCUUGAUGUUACUCUGCCUUGAAAUGAGAAUUGAUGGUGGUUCUGUCAGUGGAGCUGGAGGCUUUAGUUAUUAAAGCUGUCCGUUUUUUGAGCCGUUGUUAAUAGAGCUGUCCGUUAUUAAUACUUGGUUGAGGUUCACCAACUUCCAUUCAGUAAGUGGCCUUUUAAUCCACAAACUCUUGAAACUUUUCUGAACCUUUAAGAACAGAGUAUGUCUUCGUUGUGAUUUCUUGUUUAUUUACAAAAUGUAAUAGGCACUUUAAAGAUUAAUAUUUUUAGCUUGGAAUUAUGGUCCCAAAUUUGCUUUCACUGAUUUCCAAUUAGUUUAAGAUAUUUUCCAUAGCUGUUGCAUGGUUUCUGAGAACUGUAGAUAAGUGUAUGAUGGUGGGUAUCCAUAGUUGAUGCUUGAGGUAGGUGUAGAGCAUGAACAUGACAUAAAAUGGCAUGAACAAUGUGAAGUGGAAUGGUUGCAUAUAGAUGGCAUAGGGGAAUCUGAGGAGGAUGGGUUUGCAUCAAGCAAUGUGAGUUGGCAUACGUGUUGGGUAGGGCAUGAGGUUUAUUGGUCUGUUAAGUAACGUUGAGAGCUGGACAGUUGUGAUGGAGAAUCAAGGUGACCUUCUGAACUACCCACCUUCAUAUUAUGCUCUCCACUGUAAGUUGCAAACUGCAGUGAAGAUCUGAUACUUUUUGCAAAAGAUUAAAAUUUCAAAUAAAACCACAUAUGGGUUGGUUGUGUAUUUUGCAAGCCAAGAAAAUGCACAAGUUGGGUUUAUCUCACCACCCUGGAGGCUUCCUGCCAUUAUUCCUGAUGAAGGGUUUUUGCCCGAAACAUUGAUUUUCCCGCUCCUCGGAUGCUGCCUGGCCUGCUGUGCUUUUCCAGCACCACUCUGAUCUAUACUCUGGAUUUUUUCAAGCCCAGCCAAAAAUUCAGCCCUAUAUUCUUUUAUUGAAAGUGAAGAACUUGCAUUUUAUUGCUAAAAGAUUUAAAACCUAUGGUUUGUCACAAUGUGCUUUGUGAAGUUGAUUUUAUUGAAAUACAUUACAUCAUAAAAAGCAGCAAAGAAAAAUUGAAAAAUGAAACAUUGGGCAGUUGUAAAUACAUGACUAAUCUGCUACCAAUAGUCUUCUGGUGAAAAGUAAAAUCUGCCUUCCAGGUUGUACAAAGUUAUGCUUAAACUGUACACUGCCCUGGUAUGACCACAUCUUGCAUCCACUUCAGAUCGCCAGAAUAAAAUUGCCUGGAAAUACUAGAGAGAAUAGUCAGAAGACAAGUUAGGACCAUGAGGGAGGUUUGGAGAAGUUUUGAGAUAGGGAUUGAUUGAAAGGGGACAACUGGAGACAUUUAAUACAGUAAGUGAGAGAGAAACUUGCAAUCUUAACUUCAAAUCUAUCAAGUCAAUCUUAACUUCAUACUUCAAAACAAUGGGAAAAGGAAAGAUGUGUUGUAAUGUAUGAAAAAUUUGAUUUAAAAACAGAUUUUUACAAGGUUUUUAUAAUUGAAUAGGAUUUUAGUCAAUGAAAUCAUGUUGAAAUUUAUAAAAAGGUUGAGACUGAUGUCAGGAAGCUCUUUACAUACAGUUGAUUAGAUUUCUUGUUUAGACAGAGGAGGAAACAAAGGCUGAAGUAAUUUUAGAAAUGUUAGUGUUUUGAUGGUGAGAUGGCAGGGUGUUGGAGAAAGACUGAAGGUUAUUCCUGAAUACAUGUUCCAGGAUUGGCUAAGUGUUAUGGCUACUUCCUUAAGUAUCUAAUCUUGUAUAAAGAAGCAAGAUAUAAAAUUGUAACGUCGGCACAUAUCUGACUUUAUUCUGCGAAUGAGGAACCUCAAUGUUAAUACACAGUAGAAAUUCAGGUACAAACUGUACAUUAAAAGAUUUCAGUGAAGCGUUGCAAAUAUUUUGAAAUUUUCAUUUAUCCACUGCAAUAGCACCACCACCUCCAAAUUCCUUUCAAAGCCUUGCACCAUCCUGACUUCAAACCAUGUCAUUGUACCUUCAUAGUUGCUGGGUCAAAAUUCUGAAACAUCACCCCUAAUAACACUGUAGGUGUAGCUACCCCGCAUGGAUUGCUGCAGUUUAAGAAAACAGCUCACCACCAUCUUCUCCAUGGAAUUUAGAGAUGGGCAAUAAAUGUUAAUGAUGUUGACAUCCUGAGAAUGAAUUAAUUUAAAAUGACUUGAUAGCUGCAUUAGAGUGCUGACUGACUUUCACAAUGUGAUGUCUUCACAGUGAAAGUAAUUUAAUUUAUUUUAAUGCAGUUUUCUAAACAUGAAAGGAAACUGGGUGUUCACUUUUACACGACUGAGAAAAUGCUUUUGAUGCAUUUAAGCAGAAGUUGGCUCAUAAGGAAGAAAACGAUAGGACAUGGUGAUAGGAUGUGAUUGAACAAAUAGAGUGGAAAGAGGCUCCUCUGUAGUGUAAGCUCCAAAUGAAUGGCAUAUCUCUGCUGGAAAUUCAGAGUAAUAUUUUUGUGAUUGUGGCUGUAUCCAAGGGUGAAUAUAACAUAAUUUGGUGAGGAGGUCAAUGUGUGUAUCACUUGUUGAUUUGAAAAGACCAUUAAAAAGGGGGGGAAAAAGAAACAGCAACAGCUUUUUUAAAGUUUUUGCUCAUUUUCUUUCAAUGUAAGUCUAAUAAGUGUGAUUUUGACUUUGUUAGCUUAAUAUCCAAGUUGAUUGAAACCAUUUGAAGAAUGUUGAAUUCUAAUGAAAAUAAAUCCAUAUCAUUAUACUUGUUUUCAAAAUAAACUUUUAAUGAAGAGAGAUGCUAAAUAGAAAUAUAUAUUUGAUUUAUUACUGAGAUUGCAGAUGUAAUUCUGUUAUAUGAAGAUGUUAUCAAUUGAACAUUGGCCCGGAUUUUGUGGUUGCAAAGACAGUGAUACUGUCAGUGUUUGCCAUCAUUACAAAUCAUGAAUCUGACAGAAGCCUCUAGCGUCUGCACCUGCACAGGUAAAUGCAGAAAUGUCGCCUUCAGUGAUUGGUGUGCUGUUGAAGUCCUCACAGAUGGCAAUAAUCAUAAAACAGUGAAUUGGUACAAAUUUCCUUUUGAUAUGCUAUCUUCUUGCUGUAAAAUGCUUACAAAUUAUGCCUUGUUGAAUGAAACUGAGUUUUUAAACAAUAUGCUAAAUCAUAAUUAUCACUGGACAACUUUCUAGCCCAGAAAACGUACAUUUUUAUGUGUGGAGUGUCAGAUUUCUCCAUUCUAUUAUACCAAUACAGAUUUAAUUUAAAAAAAACCAUUUCUUCUGGUAUUUCAGCAUCUCACCUGAUCCCAUAUUUGGCUCCAAAUCUUAACUUUUCUCUUUGUACAAUUUCAGAAACUACUUGACAAAACCUGCUUGUUACUUCCUGGUUUGCUAUCUGUGAGAAUUCUUUAGUGUGAUUGGCUGCAUAGUCUGCUUAAUACCAGAGACACUUGAGAUUUGACACUAGAGUGAAACUAAUGGUAGAAAUGAAAAUCUAGUAAAAGUGUAAUCAAGUUCACAGAGCUCAUUAGAUCUUGGUAGGCAGCGUUCUUCAAUGUCAAAAGCAAGUGUUGUUACUUCACUUCUGACCAUGAAAUCCAGGCCAGUAUGUUUAAUUCUGCAUGUUCUGCUAUAAGUUUAUUAUUGUUGACUAACAGUUUCUGAAUGUAUUUUUGUACUACAAAAAAUUCAAACAAUUCAGAAUUAAAAUUGAGACAAAUGAUA